AUGUCGGGCGAGGCGUGGUUAUACCUGCUCGCCGUCCUGAUAAACGCCGUCAACCUCUUCCUGCAAGUCUUCUUCACAAUCAUGUACAGUGAUCUGGAGUGUGACUAUAUCAAUCCCAUUGAUCUCUGCAACCGUCUCAACACCUACAUUGUUCCCGAAGCCGCCGUUCACGCCUUCUUGACAUUCCUCUUCCUCAUCAACGGGUAUUGGUUGGCGCUACUGUUGAAUCUACCACUCCUGGCGUUCAAUGCGAAAAAGAUCAUCGAGAACCAGCAUCUACUUGACGCCACAGAGAUCUUCCGAAAACUGAACGUCCAUAAAAAGGCAUGUACAUACCCUCAGUGGGAGGUGGCACUCCGUUACUAA